UCCAGAGGGAGGGGAGGAGCCGGAUCCGCCCACGAAACCGAGCGAGCAGCGGGGGUCCGCCUAGUCAGUAACCUCCUGGACUCGAGAGCGAGCAUGUCGGACCCCGCGGUCUGCAGCUUCAUCACCAAGGUCUUGUGCUCUAACGGGGGGCGGAUGGAGUGCAGCAAGAUCCCCCAGCACGUGGGGCUCUCUGAGCAGCAGCUGGAGCAGAUCCUGCAGGAUGUGGGGCACGAGAGGUUUCUGGUGCACCAGGAGGGGGGCGCCCGCUGGGUGCUCGCUGUGUCCCCGCUGCGGCUCUGCGUCCGCAAGGAGUGUGCGGGCUGCGAGCGCCUCCACUUCUGCAAGCUCAACCUCAUGGGCAGGUGCAACUUUGGAGUCCGGGCAUGUAAGUACUCCCAUGAUAUUUUCACGGAUGGGAACCGAAAAGUGCUGAAGAUCCAUGAAGUCAGUGGCCUCAACGAGAAUGAGCUGCGGGUUCUGCUCCUCCAGAAUGACCCUUUCCUCCUGCCUGAUGUAUGCCAAUUCUAUAACAAAGGUAGAGGACCGCAUGGGACUUGCAGCCAGCAAGACAAUUGCAACAAACUUCAUGUUUGCCGACAUUUCCUCCGAGGAGAGUGUAGGUUUUCCAAGUGCAACAGAUCCCACAGGAUUCUGGACAACAAUGUGCUGAAGUUGCUGCUAGCAGAAGGAUUAAAUAUUUGCGUCGCAAAGAACAUCCAGGUCAUCUGUGAUCACAAGCAUACUGAGUUCAGCAAGGAGGUGGGCCAGAGGAGAAUGCUUCCCCCACACGACAGAGCUAUACCAGUUGGAGAUAAAAAGAAAGCAAAUGCUGGGAAUCAAGAAGAAAUUGGACCUAAGCCUACUUCCAUCUCACCAGCCUCUACAUCAUAUGAGUCUCCCUCACAAGGUGUCAAAGCUGUUCCUUCUAUCAAUGCUUCUGGGACCAAUGAAAUUAAAAAAUGUGAUGAGAUAUGCCUGUACUAUAUCUGGAGGUUCUGCAAACAUAAAGAUGACUGCAGGAUGAUUCAUUAUCAUCUGCCUUAUCGAUGGCAGAGGUUUGAUGGAGUCAAUUGGCUUGAUCUUCCCAGAAUGGAGGUAGUCGAAAAGGCCUAUUGUGACCCCCAAAACGACAGCUUAGCAGAUCAGAACAUCAAUUUCAGGUCAAUUACCUCUUCUCCUGCUUUGCUUCGACGCCUCUCCACACCAUCAUCGGUUACAAAACCCCCCAAAUUCAUAAUGACAACAAAAUGGAUUUGGUAUUGGAAAAAUGAUCUAGGCCAGUGGAUUGAAUAUGGGAAACAGGACUUCAACCUCAGAGAGCGCUCAGGAUGGAUGGUGGUCAAUGAAGGGGACGGAUUGCAGGGAGCUUCUGCGCUAGCUUCUGAUGAUUUGGAGAAUUUAUUUCUGGCAAAUCCAAAUGACAUCCUACAGUUUCAGGCUGGUUCCCAACAAUACGAGAUCAAUUUUAAAGAAAUGGUCCAGAAAAAUGUCCGUUAUCAAACUCAAAGAGAAGUCCGCAGGCGACCAAAGUUCGUGUCCUCAGAAGAUGUGAAAAAGAUGAAAAAAGGCCAAAGAGUGACUGAUACUCCAGAUCAAAACUAUCCUAGAAACUGGGACAAAUCAGCACUGCCUGACAUGGGGUACAAGUAGUAAUCCUCUUUCACUGUUUCAUGACUGGCUGGGAUUCUGCAUGCCUCUGUGGUGGCCUUCACGACAUCUGACACCUCAGCCUUGAUGAAUUUCCUACACUUCAGACAUUGGCCUUGCAAACUGUUCUGGAAAAUCUUGCUACACCGUAAAGGAUCACUUAUGAGAGGCUUUGCUUUUUUUUGUUUGUUUGUUUAGUCUUCCCUGUUUAGUAUAAGGACUUCUAUUUUAUUCCUCCUUCCCUACACAUAAUAUUGGAGGUUGCAGUAUUUAUUCUGUAAAGCAUUUUGAGACAUGAAAAAUCCUAUGCAAAGUAAAAGUUUAUAUGUCUAUAAUCUAUAUCUGGGGGGGCAAACAUUUUGGCCGGAGGGCCACAUCUGGGUAGGGAAAUUGCAGGGCAGGGGGUUGGGGUGUGGGAGGGGGUGCAGUGUGCAGGAAGGGGCUCAGGGCAAAGGCUUGGGGUGCCGGAGGGGUGCGGGGUGUACAAGGAGGCUCGUGGCAGGAGGGGGUGUGGAGUGCGAGAGGGGGAUUAGGGCAGGGGGUUGGGAUGUGGGCUGCGGCAGGGGGCUUACGGCAGGGGGUUGAAAUGCAGGAGGGGUGCGGCAGGGGGCUCAGAGCAGGGGAUUGGAGUGUGGGCUCUGGCCCGGUCGCUGCUUACCUGGUGUGGCUCCAGGGUGGCAGCAGUGCACAGUGGGGACAAGACAGGCUCUCAGCCUGCCCUGGCCCCGCCCUGCUCCUGGAAGCGGGCAGCACUAUGUCCCUGCAGCCUCUGUGCACUGCCCUUGCCUGUGGGUACCUCCCCUGAAGCUCCCAUUGAAGUUCCCCAUUCCCAGCCAAUGGAAGCUGCAAGGGGCGGUGCCUGCAGGCGAGGGCAGUGCACAGAGCCCUCUGCCCCACGCUGCAGGGACGUGGAGCUAGCCACUUCUGGGAGUGGCAUGGGGCCUGUGGUGCUACAGGGUGGCAAUCCCACAGGCCGAAUCCAGCCUGCAGACCAUAGUUUUCCCACUUCUGAUCUAUGUUGUUAGAUAUUGAUAGCUUGUUAGGAUUAGUAAAUCAGGUUUUGUGAAUCCCCUUCCAUCUUCUUUUUACUUUGUGUAAUGGCGGCAAAAUGGAAUUGGUAGUUGAAGAGAGAUACAUGGCAAAAAUGAAUUGUCUUAAAAUGUAUGAAUAUAAUAUUUGUGUUAGAGAAUGAGCAGGCUGAACCAGAGGUGGAUUGAGCUGCUUUCACCAUGCUUCCCAGAGCAGCCAGUGCUCUGUUUUAAGAUGCACUGUUGACACGUUGGAACUGGGGCCUUUCACCUCAAGUUUUGAUUUUCAUAUUGGCCCUAGGCAGCAGUGACUGAAAAACUGUUACCAACUCACGUCUGUCUGGUAGUCCUGUGUUACAGGAGUUAGUAGUCUCAGCCUAGUUUAUAGUUGACAGGUCACCAUCUCAACAGAUGAAGUAUGGAACGUAUACAAACACUUGAAUUCAGCUCUCCUUCAUCUGAGAGAUCCUUCCCACAGAGAGGGGUACAGUGCACAGAA